CUUCGAGCGAGAUUGAAGAUGGCGGCACCGGUGCUGAGAGUUUCCAGAAGAUGUCUUUGCUCUCAGGCCACUAGAACGCGUGUAACAAGACCAAGAUCGCAUAUUGACAGAAUAAUUCGCGUAGACCAUGCAGGAGAACUGGGAGCUGAUCGAAUAUAUGCUGGGCAGAUGGCAGUUCUCGGAAAAACUAGCGUAGGACCAACCAUCCAGCAUAUGUGGGAUCAGGAAAAGGAACACCUUAAAAAGUUUGAGCAGAUUGUGGCUGAGAGAAGAGUCAGGCCCACAGCUCUGAUACCUCUGUGGAAUAUAGCAGGAUAUGUUUUAGGAGCAGGAACUGCUCUACUUGGGAAGGAAGCUGCCAUGGCUUGUACUGUAGCUGUGGAAGAAGUGAUCAGUGAACAUUACGACAAUCAACUGAGAGAGCUGCUAGUAGAAGGGGUGACAGAUGAAACUAAAGAUUUAUUAGAUACAAUACAAAAGUUUCGUGAUGAAGAGUUAGAACAUCUCCACAUCGGGGAGGAACAUGAUGCUGAAAAG